AUGUGGGAUGACGACCCUCAGAACCGCAGAGAAGCAGAGAACGUCUUUGCUCCACACGCUUCGAAAGAGGCUACCGGGGAUACUCUGCCUCUGGACUGGCUCUCUGGAGACCUGGCCGAUGGCGAUUCUGUCGUUAGAUUUCGCAUCAAGAGGAGCACAUCCUCCAUCCAUACGGAUCCCAGUGACAAGUGGCAAAAAGUUCAACCCACGAAGGACAAGCCUUUCAACCUCAGAAAACUCACAGCCCUGCCCGCCUUAGUCGCCAGGUGUGUUCCUAAUGAGAGUCGAGGAGCCUGUUCCGACCUGAAGACGCCGCGCCGGGUGAAUGGACAGCCAGCUACCGCGAUGAAAGGCUCGAGGGACCUGCUGGAGGCGCUACCUGAACCUGCAGCAGGAGCCCAGCUGAACCAGGUGGCUACACCUGUAAAGCGUAAUGACACCCUGGGCGCCAUCAUCAAGGCUCGCCCGGGUGCGGAGUGGCGCGGCCGCGGGGGUCACGCCGCGAACACCAGCAGCGACGGCGCGGGGACCAACGUCACCACCAGCAGAGAGUUCGGCGCCAUCAUCCUGCCGGUGCUGUACCUCGUCCUGUUCGUGGCGAGCGUGCUGCUGAACGGCCUGGCCGUCUGGAUCUUCUUCCACAUCAGGAACAAAACCAGCUUCAUCUUCUAUCUCAAAAACAUCGUGGUGGCCGACCUCAUCAUGACGCUGACGUUCCCCUUCCGCAUCGUCCAGGACUCCGGGUUCGGCCCGUGGUACUUCGAGGCCGUCCUCUGCCGCUACACGUCCGUGCUGUUCUACGCCAACAUGUACACGUCCAUCGUGUUUCUCGGGCUCAUCAGCAUCGACCGCUACCUGAAGGUGGUCAAGCCCUUCGGGGACUCGCGCAUGUACAGUGUCACCUUCACGAAGGUCCUGUCCGCCUGCGUGUGGGUCGCCAUGGCCGUGCUGUCCUUGCCGAACAUCAUCCUCACGGACGUCCCGCCAACGAAGGAGAACGUCCAUGACUGCGUGACGCUCAAGAGCCCCUUGGGGGUCCGGUGGCACCGCGCGGUCGUCUACGUCAACAGCUGCCUGUUCGCGGCCGUGCUGGCGAUCCUGAUCGGCUGCUACAUCGCCAUCUCCCGGUACAUCCACAGGUCCAGCAGGCAGUUCGUGAGCCAGUCGAGCCGCAGACGGAAGCACACCCAGAGCAUCCGCGUGGUGGUGGCCGUGUUCUUCACCUGCUUCCUCCCCUAUCACCUGUGCAGGGUGCCCUUCCUCUUCGGCGACCUGGACCGGCACCUGGACGCCUACGCCCGCGAGAUCCUCUACUACGGCCGAGAGGUGACGCUCUUCCUGUCCGCUUGCAACGUGUGCCUGGACCCCAUCAUCUACUUUUUCAUGUGCCGGUCCUUUUCCAGAAGGCUGUUCAAGAAGUCGAACAUCAAGACCAGGAGUGAGAGCAUCCGAUCCCUGCAGAGCAUCCGCAGGUCGGAAGUGCGCAUCUACUACGAUUACACGGAUGUGUAGGGCUCAGUGUGUCGGAGGCCAUGUGUGCGCGGUGUAGAUA